CUCCUCGUUUACUUUACCGUUCGACUUGACGUUUUAGUGCAAUGCCAACGUCGCGCUUUAGUGGAUGUUUCAUACCGCGUCUUUCUCGGUGUAAUAUCAGUGACGCUGUCGCUAAUAUGACCAUCAUGGCUUUAGCUGAGACUUUUUCGGAACACUUUUUUCUCUAAUACACAUUCGUGUAUCGUAUCAUUUUUUUCUUAAUUAAAACCGUGCCUUUUUUUACCGCCGUUUUCCCCUCCCUCCGUCACCAUUAGUGAAUACAUAGUAGUUCGGUAGUGUUUGGUUUUUCUCACUCAACUUCACCACAACAACAGUUCUCCAGAAAGAAAAAAAUGGAUCCGAAUGAAGAAUCUUUACUCACCAAGAACCAAAUUCCUAUCAUCGAUUUAUCUCAUAUUGGUAUAGCUUCACUGAUUGAUCCACCGAAAAAUUGUUGCGUUACGAUGAGAAAAAUUGCCAGUCAGUUAGAAAAAUGUCUCAGAGAAAAAGGACUGGCGUUACUUGUCAAUCACGGAAUACCACAACAUAAGUUGACAUCCGCUUACAGGGAGAUGGAAACAUUCAGAAAAUCAUGUAAAAUAGACAAAGAUACGUUCCAGUAUUGCAGCGACGAUAUUAUCACUCACAGCCUUCCUCAUACUUGUCCGCCUUAUGGAUGCUAUACUGAUUGCUACAAAGAAGAGUAUCACUUAUUGGAUAUGCGCUGGUUGGAUGAUAAGUUACCGGAGAAUGAAGGAUUCCAACUGCGAGAUACGAUGCAGUCGUUGUCAGCUGAUUUUCAGAAAGUUUCUCUGGUUAUUUUACAAGCACUGGCGAUGGCUUUAGGUGAUGUCGAUUCGCAUCUUAUGGUUGGCGUUCAUAAUCGAACAAUGGAUGAGAAAAAUCGUACCGGUUUACAAAUACUUUACAGUCUUCGACAAGGCAAGGAAAAUGAAUCUGCUAAUCCUGUCCAACUUCCUAAACCAGAAGAUCUCAAUACUUUUACCCUUUUGGCGCAGGAUCCAGAUUCAAAUUUCGAGGUCCAAGUCUCAGAAAACAAAUGGAUGAAAGUUGGACAUCUUCCCGGAGCUAUUUUAUUCCACGCUGGACAACAUUUACAAAAUUGGACCGCUGGGAAAUAUAAGUUUUUGCAAACUCGCAUCAUGACGCCGGAGGAAACGCUUUUACAACUGAGAAGCGGAUAUUGUACCAUGUUUAAAGUUCAGCCUGAUACAAACGCCGUUUUAGAUCCGAUUCUGUUUCAUUUAUCUCAAAUUCCCGAAUCGACCAAUGAAACUAAACAUUCCCAUAAACGUUAUAUGGCUUUGUUUCACGCUGUCCAGCAAAUCCAGCGGCGUCUUAAGUUAACAAAAAUAUCGGACGCUUUCCAUUUCGUAAACAGUACUCGAUAUUGGCCGCACUAAAAAAAAAAAACAAACUCUGACGCUCCCAAAUAUUCAUGAUCAAAUCUUUCGUUGAUCCGUACUGUAAUAAUUGCAACAAAGUAUUAUUUUAAAAAUGCAUUUAUACGAUUUUUUGAUUCAAUAUAAAUUGUUUAUAAUGAAAA